AUGCGGCGACUCGAUGGAUACACAUCUGGCGCCCUUUUGGCCGCAUUUCUAGCAGUCGCCUCCUCACCCGCCGCAGCUUUUUACUUUCCAGGAACCGCGCCGACUUCGUACAAGACCGGAGACGCCGUGCCACUGUACGUCAAUCGCCUCACACCCGCCGACUCGCAAAACGACCCAAAGCUACGAUCCGUCUUCUCCUUCGACUAUUAUCAUCCGCCCUUCCACUUUUGCCGCGAAAGAGAUGGCCCCAAAGAAAUUCGCGAAAGCCUGGGGAGCAUCCUGUUCGGCGAUCGCAUACAGACGAGUCCCUUUGAGUUGAAAAUGGGCGUAAAUGAGACGUGCAAGCUCCUAUGUGAAGCCCCGUAUCCAGGCAAAGAUGCGGCCUUUGUGAAUAGCAGGAUAUACCAGGGCUACGAUUUCAAUUGGUUAAUAGACGGCCUACCCGCCGCACAGUCGUUGCGAGAACCGGGCUCCGACGAACCCUUCUACCAGCCUGGCUUUGCACUGGGCCUCGUGGACGAGGAUGUGCCUAUGCUCAACAACCACUACGACAUUCUCAUCGACUACCACGAGGCUUCGCCGGGCAACUUUCGCGUCGUGGGUGUGCUGGUCGAUCCAUACUCAAUGGCAGACUCGAGAAGGCAGGGCGAUAAUCAGGCUACAUGCACCGGUCAAACCCCCCUCGUUCUGAAAGAAAACGACGAAGACAAGAAUCUGGUCGUCUUCACGUACGGUGUGUACUGGAGACCUAGCCCUACUCCCUUUGCAACGCGAUGGGACAAGUACCUACACGUCUACGACCCUAAGAUCCACUGGUUCUCGCUCAUCAACUCGGCCGUCAUUGUUGUAUUCCUCGUCGGCAUGGUUAGCACCAUUCUCGUUCGCACACUCAAAAAGGACAUUGCGCGCUACAAUCGGCUGGACCAACUUGCGCUCGACGACUUUGGCGAAAGUGGCGAUGCGGACGAUACUGUCGAUGAUUCAGGAUGGAAGCUGGUACAUGGUGACGUUUUUAGACCACCGCAGAACCCGCUACUACUGUCCGUCUUGGUAGGCAAUGGGGUUCAGCUCUUUGCCAUGACGGCGUUGACUAUAGUGUUUGCGCUGCUCGGCUUUCUAUCCCCCAGCAACCGUGGCGCUCUCGGAACCGUCAUCAUCAUCUUCUACACAAUCUUUGGCUUCCUCGGAGGCUAUGCUUCCGCGCGCACGUACAAGUUUUUCCACGGCGAAUCUUGGAAGCUAUGCUUCUUCUACACCCCGGUCGCAUUGCCUGCCAUUGUCUUCGGUGUCUUCUUCCUCAUGAACCUGUUUGUCUGGGGUCGGGGCGCAUCCGGAGCUGUGCCCUUUUCCACGAUGCUAGUCGUCGUCAUCAUCUGGUUCGUCAUCUCCGUCCCGCUUAGUGUCGCGGGUUCCUGGCUAGGAUUCAAGCAAGCCAUCAUUGAACCACCCGUUCGCACAAACCAGAUUCCACGCCAAAUCCCGCCUGUGGGCGGCUACCUGCGCCCUCUACCUUCCAUGGCUCUGGCUGGUGUCCUCCCUUUUGGCGCCAUCUUCGUCGAACUUUACUUCAUCAUGAACUCAAUCUGGUUCUCAAAGGUCUACUACAUGUUCGGUUUCCUCUUCAUCUGUUUCGGACUCAUGAUUAUCACCUCUGCCGCUGUCACGGUGUUGAUGAUUUACUUUUUGCUUUGUGCCGAGAACUACCAUUGGCAGUGGCGCUCCUUCUUCACCGCCGGUGCGAGUGCUGCGUACGUCUUUGCUAGUUGCCUGUUGUACUGGGUCAAGGACGUUAGCUGGACAAGUUGGACGAGCGGAGUCGUGUAUCUGGGAUACUCGGCGCUGCUGAGUGCCCUGGUAUUUGUCCUCACUGGUACAAUUGGCUUCCUAGCUAGUUGGUAUUUUACGCUCAAGAUUUACAAGUCUAUCAAGGUCGACUAG